AUGAUAUUCGCUCUACUGAUUGCAGUCGUCCCAUCAACAACUGUUGCCAAAUAUUUCAUUGUCGGUGACGAGGUUGGAUGGACUACCAACUUCGAUUACCAGUCCUGGACCGUCGGCAAGGACUUCCAUGUUGGGGAUAAGCUUGCGUCCAACAGCAGCCUGAAGCUGGAUUCUGGAAACGACAUCGUCACGCUGUUGACUCCAGGGAGAAAAUGGUACAUCUGCGGCGUUGCCAAGCACUGCAAGCAGCAAACCCAGAAGCUCGUCAUCCAAGUGCAGCCGCCCAUUGUCAUAGUACCGGCUCCGGCUCCAGUUCUCGCCACGAAGAUAACCGUUGGUGGAGACAAGGGCUGGACGAAAGGCUUCGAUUACCAGGGUUGGGCACAGGGCACCAAAUUUCACGCAGGCGACAAGCUUUUUUUCACGUAUCCGAAGGGCGUACACAAUGUGUAUAAGGUGAACCAAAAACAGUUCCAGAACUGCGACAUCACAUCGGCCACAAAGAAGUACACUUCUGGAGGAGACACCAUUACAUUAAAGCGCGGAACAAGUUGGUUUAUCUGUGGUGUAGGGGAUCACUGCAAGAAUGGUCAAAAGCUUGUCGUCAAUGUAAAGUAA